GCUGCCAGGAGGUGUACUGCAAGACAGACAGUUGAUGGUGGAGGCUGGCUUCUUUUAUACAGGCCAUGGUGACAGCGUCAAGUGUUUCUCCUGCGGAGGUGCAUUGCGGAACUGGCAGGCAGAUGACGACCCCUGGAUUGAGCACGCCCGAUGGUUUCCCAGGUGCCCCUACCUGCGGCAACAGAAGGGGGAUGAGUUUGUGGACGACAUUGAAUCUAAUUUCAGGAAUGCAGUAAGUGGUAUGUCAGUGCCCACAACACCUCACAGGGAAUAUCCUCCAUCAGCUGAGAGACACCAUGAAGAGUUUUCUCCCAUGAUCCAGGCUGUGGUGGAGAGUGGCUACAGUGAGGAUUUCGUACAGAGGGUUCUUCUCAAUCUCAAGAGAAUACGCGGGCCAAGUUUUCUAGUUGAUGUGGAAACAUUAAUGGAAGCUGUGAUGAGAGAACAAGAUGAGGCAGCUGUUUCUGGAUCAACAUCGCUGGCUGGUGCUACAGCAUCUACAUCAGGUUCACAUUUGGCCCCCGAGGAUCGAAUCAUCUGUAAAAUCUGCAUGGAACGAGAGGUUGAGGUCACCUUCCAGCCUUGUGGCCAUCUUGUUUGUUGCGAAGAAUGCACCCAUCAACUCCGAGAGUGUCCUGUUUGCCGGAGAACAAUCCGAUCCACAGUUCGCACAUACUUAGCUUAACGCUUAAGUAAAUUAUGUGUAGAAAGUCAA